UACAAGAAAAAUGUGCAAGGCAAACUUAUUAGCGAAAUGCACAAACUCCACAAGGAUAACAACAGCAAAAACAUCAGGCGAAAAGCUGACGAAAAUCGUGACAGAAAAACAGCUAACAGCUAAGCAGCACAAACUUCACAAGGAUCUAAAGGAGCAGGAUAUGCAGGAGCAGCAGCAGGAGCAUAAUCAGCGUCGCCAACAAGGACAUCAAAUAGAGCAAACGGCAAUGGAAACAAAUGAAGAGACACAGCACGAACAGGCCAGAAGCAAAUGCAAGGACAAACACAAACACCAGAGGCAACACCAGAGGCAACAGCAGCAACAUGUCCUCAUCCUGGUUGUGGCCCUGCUGGUCCUCGUCCUGCUGCCAACGGGCACCGCAGCCUCAAUGAUGACACCUUCAGCCAGGAUCUCCAGUGCCAAAGGCAAUGCACGUGAGCUCCUCUUCACGGAGAUGGGCAACAGUGGACAGAGUACACUAGCUGGAGGAGGUGGAGGAGGAGCGGCCGGCAUCGAAUGCCCCAGCUUCGACAACACCGCCUGUCCCUGCUACAAGUUCGAGGAUGGACUCUUCCUGGAGUGUCCUGGAACCACAGCGAUAUCCCUGCGCUCAACUCUGGAACGUAUUUCGGCGCCCAUACAUUCGCUGUCCAUUUAUGACUUUGACCGCUCGGUGACAUCCCUUUCGCAGGAUGUCUUCCAGCCAGGAGUUCACAUCCGUCACCUGCAGUUCUCCCAUUCGCAUCUGGAGGCCCUCAAGGAUAACAGUCUGCGCAAUGUACGACCCAGCCUGGAGUCACUGAGCAUUGUCAAUGGAAAACUCACUCAGAUGCCCUCCCGUGCUUUGAGUGCCAUGCAAAAGCUGACCGCCUUAGACUUUGAUUACAAUGAAAUUGUUCGCGUGGAGGACUAUAGUUUCUAUGGACUGAGACUCUCCAAGUUGAAUCUCAAAGGAAACAGACUCCAAGGAAUGCCGGAGCAUGCAUUUGCCGGCUUAGAGGAAUGUCUGCAGGAGAUCGAUGUCUCGGAGAAUGGAUUACGUACCUUUCCACUGAUGGCAUUACGCAAAUUGGAUCACUUGAGGAUCCUACGAUUAUCCAACAAUAAAAUACCCACAUUCUAUGGUGACAUUCAGUUGGCCACAAAUAAUGCCUCAGCUGCGGCGGCUGCUGUGGGUUCAUUCCAAUUGCCAUCAUUGAUUUUCCUUGAUCUGAGUUCCAAUCAGUUUGCGGAAAUCGGUGAUGAUUGCUUCCGGGCUUUUCCGCAACUGAAAACGUUAUCGUUUUAUGCAAAUCAAAUUGAAUUGGUGCAGCCGGAGGCAUUCAAGAGUCUAAGGGAACUGAUGUCACUGGAUAUGUCACACAAUCGAAUAGUGACAUUGGAUCCCAAGGUUUUUGAGCGGAAUAAGCGACUUCAGACAGUGGAUUUGAGUCACAAUCAUAUACAUGCCAUUGGUGGAGUUUUCUCUGACUUGCCACAGUUACGUGAGGUUUUCCUGAGUGAAAAUAAUAUUCUGGAGCUGCCAGCGGAUGCGUUUACCAACUCUACAAAUGUGGAUGUGAUUUAUUUGGAAUCAAAUGCCAUUGCUCACAUAGAUCCAAAUGUUUUUAGCACUCUGGUUAAUCUGGAUCAUCUUUAUUUAAGAUCCAAUUUUAUACCACUGCUGCCAGUAACACUUUUUGAUAAGAGCACCAAAUUAACUUCCCUUUCACUGGAUAAUAAUGAGAUACAGGAUCUGGAGAUUGGCAUGUUUAGGAAGCUGGAACAUUUGCGAGAAGUGAGACUGCAUAAUAAUCGCAUAAGACGGGUGAGAAAGGGUGUCUUUGAACCUCUUCCGGCACUCCAAGAGUUGCAUAUACAAAAGAAUAGCAUCGAGGAUAUAGAACCGCAGGCUUUUCACACUCUGGAGAAUAUGCAACACAUCAAUCUGCAGGAUAAUCAAUUGACUGUCCUGGAGGAUAUCUUUCCCGAGGAUAACUCUUCACUGCUGUCUGUCCAACUCGAAGCAAACUAUUUGCAUAAAGUACAUCCAAGGACAUUUAGACGUCAGGGCAAAGUGGAGAUCAUGUGGCUGAGAGACAAUCAAUUGGUGCGUGUGGAGAGAUCCUUUUUUGCGGAUACACCACAGUUGGGCAGACUCUACCUGAGUGAUAAUCGUAUAAGAGAGAUUGAAAAGGACACCUUUGCCAGUUUACUGCAUUUGCAAUUCCUGGAUCUCAGUGGAAAUCAGUUGAGACAACUACGCAGGGAUUAUUUUGCUCCAUUGCAGGGUUUGGAGGAGCUAAGCCUGGCCCGAAAUCAAAUCGAAGCCAUUGAAGGUUAUGCCUUUGCCAAGCUAAAGAAUCUCAAAUCAUUGGACCUCUCACAUAAUCCUUUGGUUCAACUCACCAGGGAUGUCUUUCUGGAUGAAUUACCUUUGAAUGUUUUGAGUUUAGCCAAUUGUUCAUUGCGUAAACUGGAACAGCACACUUUUAAGGCUUUAACUAAUCUAAAUGAAUUGAAUUUGGAGCGAAAUCAACUGAAUCCUGCGGAUAUCCAGAAACUGGAUAUACCAAAUUUACGACGUUUGCAACUCUCCCAUAAUAACUUUAGUCAUGUGGGUUUGGGUGGCACAACUGGUGGCAUAAUGGCUGGAAUGUUUGAUCGUUUGCGAUCUUUGCAGCAACUUUCAAUGGCCAAUUGUAGUCUAGGACAAAUACCAGAUUUGCUAUUUGCCAAGAACACGAAUCUAGUGCGAUUGGAUCUAUGCGAUAAUCGAUUGACUCAAAUGAAUCGGAAUAUUUUCAGUGGUUUAAAUGUCUUCAAGGAGCUAAAGUUGUGUAGAAAUCAACUCACAGAGUUUCCUCACAUUGCCUUGUAUAAUCUGAGCACAUUGGAGAGCCUUGACUUGGCUAGAAAUCAAUUGGCUUCCAUAGAUUUCUUUAAGCUAAGUGGAACCCUAAAUCUCCGUCAGCUGAUACUCAAGGAGAAUAAAAUCACAGCUCUUAGUGGUUUCAAUGCCGUGAAUCUCACCCAAUUGGAUAGUGUGGACUUGAGUGGAAAUCUUCUAUUAUCCCUACCGGCAAAUUUCCUGCGACAUUCGAUCAAUUUGCAAAAGGUGGACUUGUCCAGCAAUCGUUUCCUGCAAAUACCUUCCUCUGCACUCUCCGAUGUCUCCAUACCACGUUUAUCGUGGCUAAAUCUAACCGGAAAUCCCAUUAAUCGUAUUUAUACCGUCAAAGAGGAACGAUAUCCCUAUCUCAAAGAGCUUUACAUAUGCCAAACGAAUCUCUCCAUACUCACUUCCAAGGACUUUGAGGCCUUUCAGGCUUUGCAACAUUUGCAUUUGGUCAACAACAGAAUCACCAGGAUCUCCCCAGGAGCCUUCAAGUCACUCACAAAUCUCCUCACACUCGAUCUGAGUGUCAAUGAGCUGGAAAUGUUGCCCAAGGAACGGCUCCAAGGACUGAAGCUACUCAGAAUCCUGAAUAUUUCGCACAACACACUCAAGGAUCUGGAAGAGUUUAGCUCUGAUUUGUCAGAGAUGCAAACCCUGGAUCUGAGCUUCAAUCAAUUGGAUCGGAUUUCGAAGAAGACAUUUCGGAAUCUACAUGGAUUGGUGGAGCUGCUCCUCAUGGGCAACCGGAUGACAGUGCUCUCAAAUGACGCCUUCCGGUUCCUCCGGAAGCUUCAUGUGCUCGAUCUUCGCAAGAAUUACUUUGAGUUGGUGCCAUUGGAUCCGCUGAGACCGCUGGAAACAAAUUUGAAGACACUGAAGUUGGAAGAAAAUCCACUGCAUUGCAGCUGCGAUGCCCAAAAGCUCUGGGAAUGGCUCCGGGAUCAUCGCAAAUGGUCCUUGCCCGCGACGGGGCAGGGCAGCGGUGGCAUAACCCUGGGCGGUGGUCUCACCGGCGGCGAUGCCAUUAAUUACCUGAGGUGUGAACACCCAACGGAGCUGCGGGGCAAGGUGUUUGGCCGAAUGGAGCCGCAGCAAUUCUGCGAUGCCCCGCUAAUACCCAAAAUGGCCAUCCAGGACAUUCAGCCCUAUUCGGUGGUCGUCUCCUGGCAGAGUCGCGACCAUUUGGGCCUCACCGGUUUCGAAAUUGUUUACCAUGCCAUCGGUGAUGGUCUGGCCCCAGCCUCCGGUACGGAUCGGGAUAGAAACGAUCCGGAUAGGGAGCGGAAUCGCAGCGAACAGGAGCAGGAACGGGAACGGGAACGGGAGCGAGAAAGGGAACGGGAACGGGAGAAGGACAGAGAACGUUUUCCCAUAGCCACAGAUGAGAUCCAUGGGAAGCGACUCAAUGGCUCCGCCAGUUCGACGAAGCUCACCCGUCUCAGUCCCAAUACCCGGUAUCACAUCUGCGUCAUCGGGAGCGGUAAUUGGCUCUCAGAGCCGCUGGCCAAUGCUCUUCAGCGUCUCCAUGCCAACGAAUCGUUGCGCGAGGAUGAGUCUCUGAUGAUGAUGUCCGCCGGAGUGCCACUACCCGAUUCCUAUUCACCGUACCAACAUCAUCAGCAGCUCCAGCAGCAUCAGAAUCAGCAGCAGCAGCAACAUCAUCUUAAUCUCAAUCUAAAUCAGGAUCUUGACUUGGACAUGACCAACACCAUAGCCACGGACAAUGGUGCCCUUAUGGAGGUGCUCAAGAACUCACACAUCUCGGCCUGCACAGAUGUCCAGACGCUGGACUCUACGCCCAGCCUGGUCACCGAUGAGAAUGGUUUGUCCAGCAAUGGAUUCAUUCAUUCCAUUUUAACCCGACGACUGGGCCUCAUUGUGGGCUGUUGUUUGGGCAUCAUUGUCUUUAUAGUGAUGAUCUCUGUCCUUAGCUAUGUAAAGCUAAAGAAGCAACGAAUUGAGAAUGCCAAGCGACAGGCUGCUUUGCCACCGGAAUAUAUAUCCUAUAGACACUUUUCUAUACCCAAUGAGGAGUUGACCAGAACGGCGGCCAAUGCUGCCAAUGCAGCAGCAGCUGCAGCAGCAGCAGCAGCGGCGGCGGCAGCAGCAGCAUCUUCAUCAUCGUCGUCCGCCAAUGCGGCCAGUUCGCCGCACAUGUCCAGUGUGCCCAGCGGCAUUAGUGCGCACAUUAGUGGGACCAGCCUAAGCACUGGCACGGGCACCACCAAUACCACCACAGCCACCACGCCCAUUGGCGGUGUGCCCAUGCUUGGUGGAGCCGGUGGUAAUGGUGGUGCCACUGUUGUGGUGCCUCUGGGCAAGGCGGGCAGUCCCCUGGUGGGUCUUGUGGUGGACUCUGGCUCUGUGGAGCCAGCAAAUGCCCAUCAUGGUGGUAGCCACAAUCAUAGCCAUAGCCAUGCUGGCCACGCCCAUGCACACGCUGCCGCCCAUCGGCAGAAUAACGGUUACAUGGCAGCGGGCGUUGUCCUCAACACCAAUCACCUGAGCGUGUGUUAGUCGCCCGAAAAACAAGUAAAAUGGUAAUAAUAAUACAAACAAAAAAGAAAAUUU